CUUGCUUUACACAUAUUGAAGCUGUUUUUUUUUUCCCCUCAUCUCCCAGUCGCAAUAUUUAAUAUGCUGAGUCUUUCUGGUGUUGUCUUUCAGUUUGUUCUUUCAGUUACAGUCCAUUUCUAUUCUUCAGCAGAGUAUUGUGUCAGGGUUGUGGCCAGGUGGGGGAUCGAUCGAUCUAUCUCUUUCUCUCUCUCUCUCUCUCUCUUUCAAUACAUAUCUUUUGGACUUCACUAGAAUUUGAGAAAAUCUUUUCUUCCCUCUCCUAAAAUUCACCCAAGAAGAAUUAUGUCUUGAAAACUACAUAUGUCUUUUCCAUUAAAAAUAGUAUUGUUUUCUGGUCUCUUUUCCCUUGUAUUCUGUGAUUUUACCAAUGUUCUUUGCAUUUAAUUAUUUCUUGAAUGUCUUUUUCUACUAUUCUUGCCCCAGUUUCCCUCUCUGACUUCUUAAAAAUUGUUCUAAUAGUUAAAUGUACUUGUUUCUCCAGGUAUUGGGUAGUCAUGCUACUAUCCAAUUGUUUGUUUGGGUCAAAUUAUUUACUCUUACUGCUGUCUUCCUCUUUGUUUUCCAGACCACAGCCUCCUUGAAUUUUACACCCAUUCCAGUUUCUUAUGAGUUCCUCUUUCUGACAGGAUUAGCCGUGAAUGCCUACAGCUUUCUCUCUUUAUUUGCUCUGCUGCUUGUUGCUGCUGAACAACAAUGCUUUUAAAAUACCUCAAUCCUCCUGUGGAUAUAAAUCAUUUGCUAGGUUGCUUAGUUCCCGUAUGUGGUUUUCCAGUGUGUGACUAUUGCUCCUUUAGUCUCUCUGGCUACACUGUUUGCCUUGAUGCAGAAUCCAUUUUGGGAUGAGUUUCUGAAAAUAAUCUGGGAUUUCUCAAACUAAGAUGGGCCAUUUCUUAAUAAAAAUCAUACUUAUCCUGAAGCAACUGAAAAAUGUUCUUGCCAAAUAGGAGGAAUGGGAAGCAUCUCAUAUCUAAGAUACCUGCUAACUGAGGACUACAACUUCAUGACGAGCUAUUAAACUGACCUGUUCACAGAAUAAAACAAAUGUGAGGAUUCCUCAGGUAAUUGCACUUUAAUAUUAAUGCUAAGGAUUCAAGAUGUUCAAAUACAGCAUAAAUAAUAGGUAUUUGAAAUAGUCUACAAAAAGGCAGUCUUUUCUGUUUUAUUGAAAAUAAUUUUUCUUCCCUAUUUCUACAGUUCUGUACUGUUUGUAUCAAGUACUUCAGCUGCAGUCUAAGCUGGAUCUAAAUGGUAACUUCAGAGUUAAUUUUAUUUACAAAUAACUGUGGUUUCCAAGGGAACUCAUUAAACUGAUGCAUUUAGAGUAAACUUUUACCUGAUUGAAGUUUAACCAAAAUUUAAAUGGCCAAACUCUUCUGAAUUCUGAUCUUCAUCUUAGAUACUUGACCAAUUUUGGAAAUUUUCAUGUUAUGAAGAAAGUGAAAGAGUGGGAAGAAACUUUUUCUUCCCUGUAGACAGUCUAGCUGUCUGGAGCAAAACAGCACCAGCAAUACCUAGUUUAUUUCUGCCCCUCUAAUAUCUAUGUGUAGCAUUUGUGCUAAGUAAAUAGCUCUGCAAUAGAUCCAUAAUGUAUUGGAAAACAACCAAAAAAAACCCAAAGCCCCAACAAAACACCCACACCCCUCCCCCCAAGCAAAACAAAACAACGAUAAAAAAACAACAAAAAACAAACCAAAAAAGCCCAAAAGCCUAAGGUUGUGUCUACUCUUCUUAAGGACAGAAAGUGAAGGAAUUCUGAUUAGCCCAGUGCAAUAGCUUUUCAAAGUUCGGGGAAAAAAAAUGGAGCUUCUGGCAGAAAAUGGGAGAUCUGGUUUGUAUGCCAGUGAAGGCUGUGAUUCACAAGGGAGAAAAUACAAGUAGUUUUCAUGACCCUACACCUCAAAGCCCAUCUGUGGACUCUCUUGAAAGUGGACUCUGCAGCAUAAAGUCUGGGAAUUAGUCAAAAGCAUCUCUUGACCUACAUGGUACUAUAGUGCUGUAGGGCAUAUUUGUGAAGACCUCACUGGCAGAAGCUCUUACAGUUCUUACAAAUAAUAAAUAAAAAAUAACAUUAAAACUAAAAAAAAAAAAAAAAAUAGAAUGGCUAUGAAAUUAUUAUAGCAGCACCUCAUAUGUUAACAACACUUUGCACACUGUGCCUGAUUCUCCACUCAUACUAUUGUAGGAACGUAAUUUCUUCCAUGUCACGAUCUUUUUCAAAAACGCAUUCAUUCAUUUUUUCUAAGUUCUUCAUAUUUGCUGUCAUCACUUUCUUCAUAUUCUUGCAUCCCACUGCAGUGGUUCUGAUUAACAUUUUCCUUAUGUCUUCUGUUGUCUUGGAGGUGGGAAUCUGAUGUGUAAUAAAAUAGUCAAAAUGCCCCAGUUGUGCGGAGUCUUGCAGUAUUAUUCUGAGUGCUAAUGUGUUCUGAAGCCUGUGUCCCUGUUUUCAAAAAAUAGUUGAGUAACUAAUCACCUUUGGACAAUGUGGGUCAUUUAGCUGUGUUUCAGAACAAUAUGUGAGUCUGGCUAGAGAAAUGUGGUCAUUUUAUCUGUUCUGAGCUGUCCUUUUGUCAUCCUCUGUUGUGUUCUUCUAGCAAGCAUCUGGCCUUACCUUGGGCCUGUCACAGAAACGUUAAACAGAUCAUCAAAAUGCCCUUGAAAUACCCUGUUCUCUGAGGGCAAAGCCAGGAUGGCGUCCUUGGGUGUGGUGUGGUGUGCUUUGCUUAGGUUGGACUGGUCAAACCUUUGAAUCCUUCACGCUGGUUGCACUGGCUCCGUUGCCACAUCUGCCCAGGUGUGUUGAGGGUGUAGGUGGUCUGUUGUUGCAGAGUGCUGCGGCGGGAUUGUUGCUGUAGUGGCCAGGGGCUGGUUUGGUUGGCCUGGGGGCAGGGGUUGGGGUUAGGCGUGCUGGCAGGGCAGCCAAGGUGGCAGGGGUUUCCCUGUGAAAUGAACUGGAAGGUGCUCGUGUGUCAAAGUGCUCACAUUUCUCAUGUCCUGUUAGGGGAAUUCCAGAUAAACAAGAGCAAGCUGUUUGACCUGUGCCUAGAACAUCUGACUGACUGAAUAGGAGGAGAAAAUAAAACCUGUGUGGACCAGUCUGACCUUGCAGGCCAGAGUCCUGAAAUCUGCCUGUGCUUUCAGUGCAUACUGGUGGCCAUAAACCCCAAGAGAAAACGUUCCUUUACAAGAACAUCUCAAUUAACUCAUUUUGUUCAGUGGAGGGACUGCUGUAUGUCAGCCAUGCUAAAGGGCAAGUGAUGGAGCUCUGAACCGGGUGCUUCAGCAGAUCAGAGUGCCACCCAAAAUGAAGAGAGGGACGAGCCUGCACAGCAGGCGGGGCAAGGCAGAUGCCCCGAAAGGAAGCCCGCAGAUCAACAGGAGGUCUGCCCAGGAUAUUCAGCCAGGCCGUCCCAGAUCGUCAUCUACUACAGAUGCUCCCACAAACUUAUCCGUGAUGGAAAUUGCUUCUUCUAUCUAUGUAGGUGGAGAGGAGGCCACAGCAGCAGCAAUUGAGCGAUUGGAAGUCAGCAGCCUAGCGCAGACCUCCAGUGCAGUGGCCUCGAGCACUGAUGGCAGCAUCAAUGCAGACUCUGUUGAUGGGACCCCAGAUCCUCAGCGUACAAAAGUGGCUAUUACACACCUGCAACAGAAAAUACUGAAGUUGACUGAGCAGAUCAAAAUCGAACAAACAGCCCGUGAUGACAAUGUGGCAGAGUACCUGAAACUGGCCAACAAUGCAGACAAGCAACAGAGUGCCCGCAUUAAGCAAGUGUUUGAGAAGAAAAAUCAAAAGUCAGCCCAGACCAUCUUGCAGUUGCAGAAGAAGCUAGAACAUUACCAUCGAAAGCUGCGAGAGAUUGAACAGAAUGGCAUCCCUCGGCAGCCGAAGGAUGUCUUCAGGGAUAUGCAUCAGGGUUUGAAAGAUGUUGGAGCAAAAGUCACUGGCUUCAGUGAGGGAGUAGUAGACAGUGUAAAAGGUGGGCUUUCCAGUUUCUCCCAAGCCACGCAUUCAGCAGCAGGAGCUGUGGUUUCCAAACCCCGGGAGAUUGCCUCCCUCAUAAGGAACAAGUUCGGGAGUGCAGACAACAUUGCCAAUCUGAAAGACUCCUUAGAAGAAGGCCAGGAAGAUGGGACGGGAGGCAAGGCUCUAGGUGUUAUUCAGAACUUUCAGUCAAGCCCAAAAUAUGGCAGUGAAGAGGAUUGCUCCAGUGCCACGUCAGGCUCAGUGGGAGCCAACAGCACAACAGGGGGCCCUGUGGGAGCUUCUAGCUCCAAAACAAACACUCUGGAUAUGCAGAGCUCAGGGUUUGAUGCAAUACUGCAUGAGAUUCAAGAAAUUCGAGAGACGCAGGCAAGACUGGAAGAAUCAUUCGAGGACCUUAAGGUUCGGUAUCAGCGGGAUUACUCAUUAAUAAUGCAGACUCUACAGGAGGAGCGGUACAGAUGUGAACGACUCGAAGAGCAGCUAAAUGACCUGACUGAGCUCCACCAGAAUGAGAUCCUCAAUUUAAAACAGGAGCUGGCCAGCAUGGAGGAGAAAAUUGCCUAUCAGUCUUACGAGCGAGCCCGGGACAUCCAGGAGGCACUGGAAGCAUGCCAGACGCGCAUCUCCAAGAUGGAACUGCAGCAGCAGCAGCAGCAGGUGGUGCAGCUGGAGGGGCUGGAGAACGCCACGGCCAGGAACCUGCUGGGGAAGUUCAUCAACAUCCUCCUGGCUGUCAUGGCUGUCCUCCUCGUCUUCGUCUCCACUGUGGCCAACUGCGUCGUGCCCCUUAUGAAGACUCGCAAUAGGACGUUCAGCACUUUAUUUAUAGUGGUUUUCAUUGCCUUUUUGUGGAAGCACUGGGACGCCAUCACCGGCUACUUGGAACGGUUCUUGUCUCCCCCCAGAUGAUGGCGGCAGGAAUUGGCUGUGUUGCCCUCCUCCCGGUGCUCUCAGUGAGCAAGUGUGGCAAAGAUUAGUCAGCAACUACUCAGCUGAAGUUUUAAAGUGUCCGAGUGAAUUUGUUUACAUUUAGAAUAACGUUUUUUCUCUGCGAGAUGCAUUGCAAUAGUAUUUUUUAGAUUUUAUUCAAGAACUCUUUUUGGCGAGAAUCCUGGAUAAUUUUUAUGUAGCAUGGUUCUCUUUGGAUGCAAAUCUUAAGAUUCUUUAAAGUGUACAAAAGAAAUAAACACAGAAAUUUGGAGCAUACCAAUGGGCAAUUUAAAUUGUGGCUUGAACUACUGUACUAAACUUGUCAGGAAGAAGAGAACGUGGUUAGCUUAAGAUGAGCAAAGCUAAAUCUAGUGCACAGCCUUGAAUGAUGGUACCACAGCAAACCUGUAACACUAAACUUUUACUGUGAAGUCUGCUCACAUUCCAUGUCCAAAUGUAUGCAUUCAGAGUGGUUUCUUUCCUUAGCAAGAGAAAAACAAUGUGUGGAUCUCUUUCCCAGCUCGGUGUCUGGGUUCGCCAUUUGUGCUAACCUGACUUACAGUAACUUUCUAUAAGGCUGGCUAACUUUGCUAAGCAUACGAAGUGGAAGCCUCAUGCCAUACACAGUAACUGCACAGUCGUGCUACAGUAUUUUGAAGUAGUCCUUGAAAUACUUAUCUUUAAGCAGAAGCCCUUGGUCGCACUUUUAAGGUUUUUUUUAUAUAUGUAUAUUCACAGAUUUAAAAAAAUCCGAACAGCAUACUUGAAGAGUGUAAUACUCAAACUCUCAGUGCUUCCUUAUUGUUUCUAAUAGGAUUUUUUAUUAUAAUUAUUAUUAUUAUUAUUGAGGGUUUUUUUGGAAGGGGUUGGGAGGGUCAUUACUUUUUUUUUCCUUUUAAAUAAAGAAGUGAUGUUUUUAAAUGAAGAAAUGCGUGAAUAAUUGUGAGCCGUCUUGUCCUGAAACAGUUUUGAGGAGGGCAGAGAGUAGUUUCUAGUGCCAGCCUGUCUGGAAUGCAGCGCUGUUCAUAUGCCAUUUAUCUGUCCUCCUGAGCAUACAGAUGCAGCAUCAUGAAAAACAUCUAUCUUCUCCACACAUUUUUGCCAUGCAGAGCUUUUUUUUUCUUUUUCCAGAUGUGAAGGAGAGUAAGUUUAUAUUUCUCAUUUGCAUGUCAUCUCUCAUUCCUGACCUCAGGAUAAGAAUAAGGAAUUUCUCUUCAUCCCUUCCUAGGGAAAAGACAGGUUCUUUUAAGGAAAAAAAUACUGAAUCAACAGCCCACUUAAAAGAAUGGUUGUUUCAGAAAUAUCUCUGAUUUCAUUUUUAAAUAAACCCCUAAAAAGUGAAACCAAAGUUUUCCUCCCGUCAGGCUCUGGUAAGAUCAUUUGUGUGUCUGUGUCGAGAUCUUCUUUGUACACUGUAUCUGUGUGGUGUGCCAUAGGGGAGCAUCCUCUUCUUCAGCCGUGGGGGCAAGUACUUGUUGUAGAUACCUUUUCAAAGCUCUAAAGGAAAGAUCAGCUUCAAGUGUGACUCAAGUCCUAGCAACAUGCUGUUGCUGGUGACCUGUUGGUACUGGCAGGCAAGCUUCACGUCCAAGGAAUCUGCAUUCACUCUGUGCUGGUUUUUUAACUAGUGUCCCUUUCACCAUAACAAAGCCAAGAUUCAGCUUUCGUUUCCAAGAAAUCCAAAAUGACUCCAGGAUUCUCUUUCAAAACCAUUCAUGGUGUUUAGUUAGAUCUUACUGUUUUCCUUCCUUCCAGGCUUAAGUUCCCUCUAGGAACCAAAUGUUGCCCAAGUGACCUAAACCAGUUGAAAUCAUAUGUAUACAUAUAUGGAACUUGUACAUCAAAGAUAUAUAUAUACACACAGAAGCCUAGGACUUUAUGCUAUGAUGCAAAUUCUGGGUUCUGAGAAAUUCCCUCAGACUCCGUUAACAGCCUUGAGGGUCUUCUGGUUGCCAGCGGAGCCAAGCCCUCCGCCAUCCAACCAUCCUUCUUCCUUCAAAGAUUCUAUUUUUAACAUACUCACAGGAAACUCAGGUACCCCCGUCCCCAGGGAUCCCAGCACACCUCUCUCUGUCACCAUGUGCACUAAUCUGCUCCAGCCCUACUUAAAACACAGAUUGCCAAUUGCAACUGACUCAAGCCAAAAAUAGUGAUGCUUUCUACAGAGUUGCAGACAGAACAAAGAUUGCAUUAACAUUCCCUCCCUAGACCAUGCAUCUAGCUCCAGGGAAACGAUUCUGUUUACCACCCUUCUCUGGCCAAUUCAAACUGCAUGGAUAACUAUCAUCUUCCCAUUAUGGAGUCUUUGUCAGAAACAAAGAUGUGAAUAAGAGUAAGAACUGAUUUGGCACGUAAUUGAAAAGCUUCGUUACCUUUAUUUCUAAAACCUCGCCUUUGCACCUCUGUUUUUCUCAGUUUUGACUAUACUAGAAUUGCUCGUGGUAGGUUUUUAUGUGGUCAAAGCGGGAAGGAGUUGAAAGCCAAUGGAUCUGGACACUCAGUGCCACUCAUCCAUAGUAUCUGAAGGAAGUGUUUAUCCCUCCUCUUCUUUAUAUCCUGACUUCAUUUAGCAUCUCAACUUUGUGUCAUCAGUAAAUAUCAUUUGCUAAUUUGCCAGAAGGCACAGGCUUAAUAGAAACUUAUCACCUCAAAACUGUUUGGUGAAGGCCAUGUACAUAUGGUUCUGGACAAUGUCUGUCUGUCUGUCUCUUUCUCUCUCGACAGUUUCCUCCAUUCCAGAAAGUUGUCUGCAGUAAUGCCAUAUAUGAUGCUGCAUCCACUGUUCAUAUCCUAACACAACUGCCAUGUGUUUUGCCUUUUGCAUUAGCAGAAUGUUUUGGGGUUUUCCUCCCUCUUCAAUUUGAAGGUCUGUGAUGAUUUCUGAUAGCAUAACAAUGAUUAUAUUGUUGGAAAUGUGAUUCUAGCUUUAAAGCUCCCUCUCCUUGUAAGUGGUUGUGUUUGCUUUCUUGAUGAAGCGUUUCUGGAUGACACGUAGAAGACAAGUUUCCGCCAUGGAUGUGCGUGUGCGUGUGAGUACCUUUUAUUAGCCUUCCUUAUGGGUAUAAACUUUUUAGUGACCAUCUCUGAAUUGUAGAAUGUUUCCCAAAACAUUUUACAUUCAGAGUUGAAAUGAUUCUGAAAUUGAUUAGGUAUGUUUAGCACAUAUCGACUUGGCAUAUAAAAAGGGAAGAAUAUAAUGGACUGUGUUAGUUCAAAAAGCAGCAGCUCUGCUGAAAUUCUGUGGUUCAAAUGAAGUUCAUCUGUUUCCCCCCUUUGCUUUCUCAAUGUAAAGAAGAAAGAAAAUCUUGAUGCAAAAAAAUUUACCACUUUUAAGUUUUAUAAAGUUAUCUUUUUCUCUCAGCCUCAUCAGUUCAGUUUGACGAUAUUCAGCAUGCUCACAGCAAUUAUUUUCUUGGUUUAUUCCAAUCCCAUGAGUUCUUAAGGUCUGAUCAGAUUAAAUGUUGACUUCUGUACAUGUUGCACUGGGACAGGAAAGAACUGUCUUUCAGCUUUGAAAAUAUGCAUUUUUCUUUAUUAAAAAAGCAUUAUAACAAAAGCCAAGCUACAAAGGGGUUCAAGAUUGGGUAGUUUUGCCAGAUUUUAAGUGAAUUCUGAAUGUGGCUAAAGAGUUAAAAACCCUGUGUGUCUGUGUUGUGUAUGCCAGGUGGUAUAGUAGUAGGCAAUUGACUUAGCUGUAAGUGUGUUUUAAAAGUGUAAAAAAAUAAACAGAAAAACUCACUUGCACGGGUUGAAAAGUACAGAAAUGACACUUGUGAACGUAACACUGUAGUUUAUAGAUCUUAAGCUGCUAAUUGUUGAGAGAGAUUUACAUUUGUCUUGUCUGAUUGUCACAGAUUUAUCUGUGACACUUUUACUGUAUAUAAAAAACUUUAAAUAAAGACCUCAGCUAUUAA